CUCUAUGUGGAGCCGAACUACUCCGCAUGCCAAACUCGUGUGUUGAUUGCGGCGCUGCGUUUGCCAGAAGCGAGCACCUUCAGCGACAUCGCCGAAGACAUCUCGGCUUACGACCUUUCACGUGCGAAGAAUGCGGAUCCACCUUCUCUCGAAAGAUGUGAGCUAACACAUAGCGAUAGGGAUACUCUCAGCCGACAUAUGCUAGCGCACGACCCUCUAGAGCAUGCACGUAAACGUCGAAAACAUCCCUAUAUCUCCAAGGCAUGCAUGUGCUGCGUGAAGUCCAAGCAGCGCUGUAACGGUGAGCUGCCAUGUGCAAGAUGCUUCUCGAAGCAAUUGAGUUGCUCCUAUACUGUGUCAAGAAAUGAACCCAGGUCAUUACCUAGCCCUGGCUCACCGCGAAGCACCCACGGCGGCAAGACUUCACAUAAUGGCUCUUCUGGUCAAGAUACAAUGUCUAUUGCUGGCUCGUCAUUAUAUGACAAUGAUCACAGCAGAGAUCUUUCCUUAUUGGAAAUCACGACAGGGAUGGGACUUGAGGCAGACACCAACUGUGUUUUUCCAGUUGUAUCACAGUCUUCAGACAAGCAAAGUUCCGGUACAGAACCUCCGCGUCAGCCAUCCAUGGCAUCCAUGGCCACAGGGCAUUAUAUCGACGACUUAUCCGCAAUGGCAGAGGAUAAUAACCUCGGAGAUUGGGGCUGGGGUAGUGUUGGCAUUCCAUGGAGUCAAGAUCGGGGUUUGCUGUUUGAGGAUGGCUAUUCGAGCUUCCCAUCACCUGUAACAGCCUUUCUAGAUGCUUCAGCUAAAUCAUCCAACCUAUCAACUGUUUUUAAUCUAACUUCGCCUGCAUGGAGCGAACCAGCAGCCCAGGAAUUCGAGUUUGAAGCUCCUGCCCCCAGCUUUACCCAGACAAUAAAAACCAGCGGUCUCGACGUUUCGAAGGAAACCAACACGUCUUUGAGAAGCCAAAAGGUAUCGACACCACCGAUCAGCGGCCAAGACCUCGAGUUAUGGAUGGCAGAAGACUAUGGCCAUGUGCCUUGCCUGGCCCCCGAUACCUACGCCAUUAUGACUUCCGCUUUCACUCGGCUCAACUGCGACAGCGAAUGUUGCGUUCCUUUUACCAACAGAGACUUUCCCCUUCUAAAACAUAUGCAAAUAUACAUACAAGUCUACUUCGAGGAGUUUCACCCCGUGUUCCCCUUGUUACAUAAGGCAACUUUCUCUCCUAGCAACGACAAAUGGGUGCUCAGCCUCGCAGUUGCUGCAGUUGGCUGUCUUUUCUCUCAGAAUUUGCGAUCAGUGGAGAACUUUUAUAUUCUGCAUGAGUUCCUACGCCGUGCAAUUCAUAUCCAGUAUGCUCAUGGUCAAUCGAAACAGUUGGAGCGAACUCAGAGUUCUCCGCCCGACAUUUGCAUCGUGCAAGCUGCUGUCCUAAACCAGGUCGGAAUGAUGUUUUCUGGAGACAUGAGAUUCGCUGAAAUCUCGCAGACUACAAUGGCAAUGGUUGCAACUAUGUGCCGGAAGAUGGCCUACUAUCAUGUUGGACCCGGUAUGCCAGCAGAAAGCGAUCCCUCUGUUUGUCAAACCUGGUCGGAAUGGAUUAAGAAGGAAAGUAGAUUGCGGCUCUUCUACUGUUCUUGGCUGCUAGACUGCCAGCAUAACUGGUUUUUCGCCCUCCCUAUCACGCUUCCUAUUGAGUUCCUUCAAUUUCCGAUGCCAUCACAUGAGUCUGCCUGGGAUGCGUCUUCUUCAGAUCAAUGGCAACAUAGUCUCAGAAAUAAUCCAAAUUCACACCCCUCUGCUCCUCUCCGCAAGAGGCUUUUGGAUCUCUACCGCGUCCAAGCGCCAUUACAGCUAGGGGCAUUCAAUACUCUUCUUCUGGUUAUGGGUGUAUACCGUGACGCUCCACGGCUACGUCGUACCACCUUAUACAUGAAUAUCCUCCAGCAAUAUGCUGAAACCUUACCGCCAUCGAAUCUUACGCAUGCUGUUUUAGAUCACAUUCACCUGGCGUCAGUAUUUCUUUACAUACCAUGCACAGAGCUUUUCGCUUUUUCGGGAUGGCGUGUGACGGAGGCCCAGCAAGCUAGAACUGCCACGAAGCUCCAAAGAUGGAUGCAAAACCAGAGUGAGGCAAGGACUGUACUCAUGCAUGCGUGUCAUGUAUGGUCAGCGAUCCGAAUGCGGCGCGCCGCAGCACAGCAUGAAAGCAUGGGGUUCUUACUCGCUUCAAUAACAAUAUGGGCCUUGAUCGAGCUUCAGAACAAGCCUAGUUCUAAUGAGAUAGAUGCUUUGCCAACGGUGCGAUUAGACAGGAAUAGCGAUGAUGUGAUGAGAUGGGCGGCAAGCACCGAGGCAAAACGCCUAUACCUGGGGGGCGUAGGGUGCUUGUGGGGUGAGGCCGCUAUUGCGAGGUUGGUAAGAGUGACUGUAGAGAUACUCGAUGGAGGCAUAGCUUGGCCACGGGCCAAGGCCACGGCUCCAGUCCUGCGACAGCAUUAUCUUUCAUGGCAACACAUCCGUCGGAGAACAGCAAUGCUAGGUCAAUCAUGA